AUGCCCGAUAUCACCUCCUUCGACCCCACCAACCGUGACUCCGAUGCGGUGAGGAGCAUCUACACGUCGCAUCCCAAUGACAGUCUGCAGGAUUUGCCUAGUCAGAAUACCAUUCCGGGUCAUCCCCUGGGAGUCAAGCCGAGUGGGAACGCCCUGCUGGCGGCGGAGAACCUGCGUCAUGCCAUUGGCGCGUUUCGACUCCUGCCCGACGAGCUGAUCCUGAAUGUGCUGGAGUCGCUCGAUGGGUCGGGUUUGCUGGCUGUUGGCCGGACGUGCAAGGCGUUGUAUGCUUUUACUCGAGCCGAGGAGCUGUGGAAAGCCCUCUUUGUGGAAUCCCCUCCACCGUCAUUUACCUGGCGAGGAACGUGGCGCUCCACCUAUCUCAACCUCCCGUCAUCGGGAGUGUGCAUCCUGGACUGCUCGAGCCUCUAUUCCGACGCCCUACACCGUCCCUUCCACUGUGCGCACGUCUCCAUCGACCCCUAUGUCGCCGACAUCCCCGCCAAGAACCAGAUCGCCCGACUGCCCAAUCUGUCCCAGGAGGAGUUCCAGGAGAAAUGGACAGACACCCCUUUCAUCCUGACGGAGCCCGUGAAAGAAUGGCCCAUCUACCAGACCUGGACCAUGGACUCGCUGCUGUCGACCUACGGGGACGUCGUCUUCCGCGCUGAGUCCGUCGACUGGCCGUUCCGCACCUACGUCGACUACAUGAAGAGCAACAUGGACGAGCGACCCCUCUACCUAUUCGACCGGGCCUUCGUCUCCAAGAUGGGCCUCCAGACCGACCGGACCAAGGACGACUCCUCCGCCGCCUACUGGCCGCCCCCGUGCUUCGGGGAGGAUUUCUUCUCGGUGCUAGGCGACGACCGCCCCGACCGCCAAUGGCUCAUCGUCGGCCCCGAACGGUCCGGAAGCAGCUUUCACAAGGACCCGAAUGCCACGAGCGCGUGGAACGCCGUCGUGCGCGGCUCCAAAUACUGGAUCAUGUUUCCCUCGUCGACGAAGCUGCCCCCGCCGCCGGGCGUCUUCGUGUCCGAGGACCAAAGCGAGGUGACGUCGCCGCUCAGCAUCGCCGAGUGGCUGCUCGGGUUCCACGCCGAGGCGCGCCGCACGCCCGGCUGCAUCGAGGGCGUCUGCGCGGCGGGCGAGAUCCUGCACGUCCCGUCGGGCUGGUGGCACCUGGUCGUCAACCUGGAGCCGGCCAUCGCCGUGACGCAGAACUUCAUCCCGCGGGGCCAUCUGACGGCGGCGCUGGACUUCCUCGGCAACAAGGCUGACCAGAUCUCCGGGUUCCGCAAGGACGUCCAGAACCCCUACGACCGGUUCGUGACUAAGAUGCGUGAACUGCACCCGGAGCUUCUUGCGCAGGCGGAGGAAGAGCUGCAGAAGAGAAACGAUGGCAAGAAGCGCAAGUGGGAUGAGAUCGUCCACGGCAAGCCAGACGGCGAGGCCGCCGAUGCCUCGGCCGGGGGGUUCAGCUUUGGGUUUGGAGACGACGGGAGCGACGUGGAAGUUCCAUGA